AGGGAACUAUGUCAAAAAAGGAGGGAAAUUAAAACAUGAACUUGAGGCUUCGGGAGGCUGAACAGAUUAGUGGAUUCUUAGUAUGCUGUUGUGUCAGAGCAAGGAUAACUGUUUAGGGAGACAUUGCGUUAAAAAUAUCUUUAUUGUGGUGGAUCAUGUUUGGGUAGGAGGGAUCGUUUUGCCCCACUGGGCCAGCCUCAUGGGCAGCAGAUGAGCCAGAAACACUGUGUGUGUGUGUGUUUGCGUGUGUGCGCGUGCAUGUGCACGUCUGCUGAGCUGUAAGCAGAGAAGCCCCGCCAGCCAGCUUGCUCUAACUGUGCUCUGCACACACUCCAGUCCAACAGCUUGUCUCUUCUCUCUGCUCCAGAUGAUGCCUUGGAUUUAGCUGGUCCACAUGAGUGAUAUGAAUAACACACUGGACGAAAUACACACUAAAGGAAGCCUCGGAGAGAAAGCAGAGAUUUUUCACAGUGGCAAGGGUAAUGUGAGCGGCUUUCCCAGCUCAGCCCUCAUCCCUUUGCGAGCUCCUUUAUUAACACCAAAUGCCCAGAAGAUCAGGACUACGCUCUGCAAGGGGAACAGGAACAAUAAAGAGGGAGAGGAGUCAUUCUCUUCCCCUGCUCCAAACCCUUUUCCUGAGCUUAUCCCCUCAACCUUCUCCCCCUUUGUCUCUGAAUGUUUAUUACCAUGGACCAAAAGUAGUGCAACUCAGGUAAUCAAAGUUUAUAAUGAAGAUAAUACUAGCAGAGCAGUAGAGGUUCCCAGUGAUAUUACUGCCCGGGACAUAUGCCAGCUGUUUGUCUUGAAGAACCACUGCAUUGAUGACCACAGCUGGACUCUUUUUGAACACCUCUCCCACCUGGGAAUAGAAAGAACCAUUGAAGACCAUGAAUCUGUUAUGGAGGUGCUGUCAGGCUGGGGGAUGGACUCAGACAGCCGACUGUAUUUUAGGAAGAAUUAUGCUAAAUAUGAGUUCUUCAGGAAACCACUGGACUUUUUCCCAGAUCACAUGGUCUCCAUAUCCAGUGAAACCAAUGGGAUGGUGGAUCAUUCUCAGCUUAUACAGACCUUUCUCAACUCCAGCACCUGUCCAGAGAUACAUGGACACCUCCAUGCCAAAGAACAAAGCAGGAAGUCUUGGAAGAAGUUUUACUUUGUGCUGCGGAGGUCGGGGCUUUAUUUCUCCAACAAGGGAACUUCCAAGGAACCAAGACAUCUCCAGUUCGUUGCUGACUUUAGUGACAGUGAUGUCUAUACAGUGUUGUCAGCCAAAAAACUACAUGGAGCACCUACAGAUUACGGCUUCUGUGUCAAGUCCACAAAGUGUAGUUCAGCCCGGGACUUGAAGCUGCUUUGUGCGGAUGAUGAGCAGACCAGGACCUGCUGGAUUACAGCCAUGCGCUUGUUAAAGUAUGGGAUGCAGCUGUACCAAAACUUCAUUCAGCCACACCAGAAGCAAAAAGCUUCACCUAUGAGAAGCAUCUCGGAGAAUUCACUGGUGGCCAUGGACUUUUCCGGACAAAAGAGCCGAGUGAUCGAGAACCCAUCUGAGGCGCUGUCCGUGGCCGUGGAGGAAGGCCUGUCAUGGAGGAAGAAAAGCUGUCACCGUCUGAGCGGCCACGGGAGCCCCUCCACAUCACAGAGCUCAGUGUCAAAUAUUGGCCUACACUUAACUCAGUCCUGGUUCCACGGCAAAAUGUCUCGGGAUGAGGCUCAGCGGCUCAUCACUCAACAGGGUCUUAUCGAUGGAGUAUUUCUUCUGAGGGACAGCCAAAGCAACCCUAAGACAUUUGUACUGUCACUGUGCCACAUGCAGAAAAUCAAACACUUUCAGAUCUUACCUAUGGAUGAUGAAGGGGACGUAUUCUACAGUCUGGAUGAUGGUCACACACGGUUCACUGACUUGAUCCAGUUGGUGGAGUUUUACCAGCUAAAUCGUGGCGUGUUGCCCUGCAAGCUCAAACACCACUGUGCCCGAAUCACUCUGUGAACAAGGGACCCAGGAGGUCCCCGAGGGGCCCACACUCACCCUAACUGCGAGGCCUUUCUGGACAAACACUCUCACUGUUCUCGUGCCUUGAAGAAGCGAGUUAUACAGACUAACAGGACAGCCAUGCUAACUGAAAGCACUUUGACCAUCCACUAUUGUCCACAUUGUGGUACACACACCCUCCUUAUUUUUCUUUUUGAGAAAAAUCUGAAUUUGAAGUUAGACUGAAUAAUAACUGAUUGCAUGCGCUGGAGAUGAUGUGCAGUUUUAUCCAGUGAACGUUAUUCUUUGGCCUUGUAACGUGUGCCUGUAUGUGGCGGUAAGGCCAAACAUGACUCUUUGUACUUUUUGUCCGCAUUGUAGGGCUGAAUGUGUGCUGCAAACAGCUGGUGAUUCCAACAACAUAAUGACACCAAUGAAAGCGUUUUCACUGAAACUGCAAUAUUUAUACAGCUAUUACCCUCUGUGUGUGCGUGUGUGUGUGUGAGAGAGAGAGAGAGAGUGUGGGUGUGUGUAUGUGUAUGUGUGAUCUGUCCAAGCUAAUGAUGGUUGAAUCCCAACAAGGGCAUCAUUUUUUUUUUUAUUUGAAACCUGUAUAAUACUGGGGAUUGAUAUACCACAAUCCUGUUAAAUUUGAGUAAAACUAAGCUAUCUUACUUUUCUUUGUCAUUGCAUCUCUAAGUAUUCAGGUAUAUAUAUAUUUUUUCUCUGAGAAAAUGAUUGUUGUUUUCUAUUUGAGAGAUGAACUUUACUCUCAGGAAGUGUCACUUUCUGCAUGCCCUGUAAGCAGGACUGAGACUGCUGUAUGGAGAAAAGAAAGAGACGUGUAAUGUACAGAUGGAGGGAAAAGGCACACAACCUCACUGGCCUGCACUGUACAUUCAUUUUAAAUGUAUGUGAUUAAAUGAAAUGUUUGUGUUUCAUGAAAUUAGUUGUGAGCUCACUGUAGAGCAGGAGCAGUGAAAUAGAUUUCACCAAUUUUAGAUAUAAGCCAUUAAGAUGGAAAUCAGAAAUGCUGCGUGGCUGAUUCUGAUCAUAUCUGAAUUCAUUGUAUAUUGAAAUUUAGGUCAUAUUUUCUCAAGAUACAAUUUGCAAACCCUUUGUCGGUUGUAUUUUGCUGUUAUUGCCACUCCUAUGGAUAUACAGUGUCAGAUAUUGUGUCUUAAAAGGCAUCAGCUUUUUAAAAACCAAGAUAAUUUAAAUCAGUGACAUGAUUGAAAUUAA